AUGAGUUUAGAAGAAGGACCUUUCGUGUUUCGUGUCAACGAAAAUGGUUCCGGUCCUGAUUUAUUGAUGCAGGUUUGUGCCGAAAGAGGAUGGAAAGAAUAUGCGGAAAAUAAUUCAACGAAAGAUAGUUGGAAUCUAUGGUGGAAAACUUCGGCAUUUUCAAUAUCCCAACACAAACAGUUAAAAGCAUGGCAGUUUACCAAUCACAUGCCCAAAGGAUCCACGAUAUGUAGAAAAGAUAAUUUGGCGAGAAAUUUAAAAUGUAUGAAAAAAGUUUACGGAGGAAUUUACGACAUAAGUCCUCCAGGUUACAACCUACCAUUGGAAUAUACGAAAUUAGUUGCCGAUUGUUCUCGUCACGACGACGACGAAGAUGACAAUCAAAAAGUAUGGAUAUGUAAACCCGUUAGUCAAAGUCAAGGAAGAGGAAUUUUCUUGUUCAAAAGUUUAAACGAUCUGUCGUACGAUUCGAAUGCUGUCGUACAAAAAUAUAUAAAAAAUCCAUUAUUGAUCGGAGGUUAUAAAUUCGAUUUAAGAUUAUAUGUUUGCGUACCUUCAUACCAUCCAUUAACCGUUUAUUUAUAUAAAGACGGUUUGGUUAGAUUUAGCACGGAUAAAUUUUCGCUGUCGGAUUUGAAUAAUCCAUUUUGUCAUUUGACAAAUAGUUCUUUAAAUAAAUUAGGACCUGGUUACGCGGAACAAAAAGAACGAAUCGGAGCGGGAUGCAAGUGGAGUUUCACGCAACUUCGACAAUAUUUUCAACAGGCGGGAAUACGCGAUUGGUUACUUUGGCAAAGAGUUAGCGCAUUGGUCACGUUAACCAUUUUAUCACAGAGUACUUCCGUUCCUCAAACAAUCAACUGUUUCGAAUUUUACGGUUUCGACGUUCUCAUAGAUGAAAAAUUAAAACCCUGGUUGCUGGAAGUAAAUUUAAGUCCUGCUUUGGGAAAUGAUUGUAAUGUUGAUUCUAUUGUUAAGAAACCAUUAUUACAUGAUCUGUUUGAUCUCUUAGGUCUCCCCGUGUGUUACACAGGUCUCUCUUUAUUCACAGUCUAUUCUCCGCCCUAUGAAAAUGAAAUCCAACGUUAUUACGCUACGCACAUUAAAAGUAAACACGAACACGAUGCAGCACAACGUCAAAUGAAUUUGACUAGAGCCAAUUACAACGGUCACAAAUUAACGAACGUUAGCCACAUUCGUACGUUCGGCGGAAUAAAACCUUCGUCUGUCGUAUUGGCCGCAUCGGCGGUCAAUAAAUGGCGAAGAAAAAGGAGGAGCGGAUAUUUGUUCGGACCGCCGUUGAGACAAAAAUACGACGUCGAUAAAAAAAGAUCCAUCAAAACUCAAUCAAAAUCCGACAUAUCGUUACGGAGUACGAAUAACAACGUCGCACCCGCAUCCUCGAACAAAACGAAACUGGAAAGAAAAACGAUAAACGAUAAUGAUAAAAAAUUAGAUGAAAAAACCGACGAGGACGAGUCGUCGUCGUCGUCGCCGUCGCCGGGAGCGGGGGCCCCGAAUCAAUCCCAAUGUAAAAACAAUACGAACAAAACGAUCAAGAGAACUCGGGACAAACCCGAUAAGUUAAAAUUGAACGGUAAUAACGAUCCCCCCGUCAAAGACAUUAAAUUUAAAUCAACGAUAAAAGCGACGUGUUCGGACAAUUCGAAAAUAUUCAUCGAAAUUGAAAAUUUAAUAACGAACGAUAAGCAGGGUAAAAAGAAAAGGAUGGAAGGUUUGCCUCUCAGCAAGGAAAAAAGGCAUACGAAAUCGAGAAUAGUGGAUUUUAAGGGUCCCUCAAUGUGCGAAAAACAGAAAAAAGUUUUGUUUAAAAAUAACGAACACGUAAAAAAAAUUGUUUUGCCCUUUAAUAAAACCAUCGCGGCAUCGAAGGGAUUCAAAAACAGAUCGAAAAAUCAACCCUCCGCACUGUGGGGCAACGGAAAAGAUUGGCAGGCUCCCGUUAAACGCGAGGGAAACUGGGAACGAAUAUAUCCCCUCAACAAUUUCAAUAAUUUCAAUCAGACCUACGAAGAAGAUUAUCUGGGUAAUAAAUUCGCCAUUGGCGACAAACAAAUUAAAUUUGUCGUUCACCACAUCACGAAUUUCAUUAAAUACUCGAAACAAAUUUACUAUAAGGAUAUUGACGCCAGCGAAGAAGAAUUAAAUGCUCAGCUAAUGAGUCACAUGGGUAUGAACGGUAAUGUUUGGCUCCCCAAUAAAUAA